AUGUCUCUGGAGCCUCCAACGUACCUCAGAUCUCUACAAAAUAACAUACGUCAACGACCCAUACCAUGGGAAGGUGCUGUCAGAGCGGGCACGAUAACGGAGCACGAUCUGAAGGUCAUCAAGGCGGUCGAUAAAGUCCGAAAAGACCAGAGGCGUCAGAUAGUGGAGGAAAGCCUUGAAGACUAUCAGUCUCUCAUCUUAGGAGGAAGCAAAGGCAAGAGCGUGCUAGAAUCUGCCACCAAACGCUCAGAUGUCGUGCAAUACAUGCUGACCUUGACGGGCGACUUACUGAAUGACUGUCCGUCUCUAAUUUCGAAACUUCUUGAACACAGCGACCCCUAUAAGCCGAUACUACCCUACUUGGACCACUCAUCGAGCCCUGAGGAUUCGAUCCCCCUCCUAGCAUCUUCGGUCCUCACUACCAUUGCGUCGAGCUCACAAUCACAAACUCCAAAAAUCACUUCACAAACGGAAGAAGCUUUGUCAAAGCUAUACAAAUAUCAAUCAAAAUUGACCCAAAGCCAAGACAAUGGUCUCAAAGAUAUUGCUGUCCUGCAGUACUCUUCUUUGCUCAAGACAAAGAAGUCACGAGAACUUCUCUGGAAUCAACGUGAAGCAACGGUCACUCCUUUGAUUGAUGUCCUUCGAGAAGCUGCUGGAGCUGGCAAAGAUUCUGACUCUACACUUUGGAGCGGCGCGACAAGCAUUCGGAGCGCUAGCGAAGGUGCUAUAGGUGGAGGCGUCUCUCUCCAGUUACUUUAUCAUGUGCUGCUCGUGGUCUGGCAGCUCUCGUUUGAAUCUUCUCUAGUAGGGAAGGGCCUAGAGCGUGACCAGGAGAUCAUUCUCUUGUAUACACAGCUCCUUCGCUUAUCACCGAAAGAGAAGACCACCCGUCUGCUUCUGUCAACAUUAUCUAACCUUCUGAACUCGUCCGAGAAUAAGACCACUCUCCUCCCAUCCGCCGUCACCGCCCGCUUGCCAGCCGUCCUUUCGAACCUUCGAACGCGUCAUCUGACCGAUCCGGAUCUUCUCGAGGACCUCCAGGCGUUGGCGGAAAUGCUUGAUGAAUAUACCAAUAGCCAAACGACGUUUGACGAAUAUGCAGCAGAAAUUCAAAGCGGCAAACUUCGAUGGAGCCCUCCGCACAGGGACGCCCGGUUUUGGCAGGAAAAUGCUCGAAAAAUACUGGAGGAGGAUGGCGGAGCGCUUCCGAGGAAGCUAGCAGAGAUCCUGGGCAAGGAAUGGGCAGAUGAUAAGUCGGUGCUGGCUAUUGGAUGCAACGAUGUUGGGUGGCUAGUCAAAGAGGUAGCUGAGCAACGGAGUCAGCUUGAGAAGCUCGGGAUCAAGGUUCGAGUGAUGCAGUUGAUGGAGAAUGAGGACGAAACUGUACGAUGGGAAGCCUUGCGGGCGGUGGGUGAAUGGCUGCGAUAUAGCUUCGAUGAUUAA